AUGUCUUACUACGAGCAGCGCAAGCAGCCCUGCCUGCCGCCUCCCAUCUGCCUGCAGAAAUGCAGCCAGCAUGUGGAGCCCUGCAGCAACAUCUGCGUAAAGCCAUGCCCAACGCAAUGUGUGGAGGUCUGCCAGAACCCCUGUGCCACUGAGUGCACCACAUGCUGCAGCACCCAGUGCGUGGAGCCUUGCAGCACCCAGUGCAGCACCCAGUGCGUCACCCAGUGCGUGGAGCCCUGCAGCACCCAGUGCGUCACCCAGUGCGUGGAGCCUUGCAGCACCCAGUGUGUGGAGCCUUGCAGCACCCAGUGCAGCACCCAGUGCGUGGAGCCUUGCAGCACCCAGUGCACCACUCAGUGUGUGGAUGUCUGUCCUCCUACGUGCGUUGAUGCUUGCAUCAAGCCCUGUGACACCCAGUGCCCGACGCAGUGCCCCGUUCCAUGCGUGGAGCAGUGCAGCACCCAGUGCAGCACCAAGUGUGUGGAGCCCUGCCCAGCACCAUGUGUGGAGGUGGGCACCAAGAAGUGUGUAGAUACAUGUGAGACCGUGUGCCUGGAGCCGUGUGGCACCGUCUGCACUCGUCCAUGCUAA